UGGCAGAGUAGUUGCUGCGCAGCAUUAUUGUCCCUUUCGGCUUGCCGUAGAAUCUCGCAGCACCAACGUACAAGCAGAGCAGUUGUGUUGUUCGUCAUCUAUUACGUAUUUCUCGUCACAACCCUGAAGUACAUAUGUCUGUAAGUUAAGUGAUAAGUUAUAUUCAGAUGACAGAGUUCAGUUUUUGUCAUUUCAAAGAAUGUCUGCAUGUAAAAGGUUUUAAAAACGUUAGCAAUGCUAAUCGCGUUAGCCGGUCUAUGGCGUUUUCAAUGUAAUGUUAGCAUCCAUGCUAAUCGUCUUUUACAUGUAUGUGAAAACUGGUAAUUUUAGCACAUAUUAUGGUUUUGUGUUUGCAUAGUAACAAAUAGUUGAAUAUUUGUUAUGAAAGAAAUAAGAAUGUAACACAUUGAAGUUUAUUAAUGUGUAUUUCUGUAUUUCAGUUUCACAGUGUUUCUCAUAAAUGUCCAAAACGUACAAGCUGACUCCUGGAUGUUUAUUGAGGAACCUGUUAGCUGUCUGCCAAGCUAGAAAUCACGCUAAAGUUCCAGUGAGGGCAGAAUAGUGAAAAGACAACCACCUGACGGGUUUACCACAGAAGAGGUCUACGUGGAAACACACAAUAUUAUUCUGUAAGUAAAGCAGCCAUCCUGAUGGAUAAAGAUAUCGAAGACUUUGAAAUAAGAUCACAAUGCUCCAACUCUUCACACACCAGCCGGUUGUCCUCAACCAGUGCUAUAGCAGCCAGAGCACGCGCAAAGGCGGAGGCUGCACGCACACAAGCAUCAUUUGCUCAACAAGAAGCUGACAUGAUUAAAGCACAAGCAUAUAUUGAAGAGGUGCAACAAAAGGCUGCAGCUGAGGCUGCACGAAAGAAAGCGGAGCUUCAAGCAAAUCUUCACAAGUUGCGACUAGAAAGUGCUGCUGCAGCCGCCAUAGCAGAAGCUGAAGUCUUGGAAUCAGCUGCAGAGAAUGAAUUUGGGGACCUAGAAUGUAUGAGCUUACACAGUAAAUCCAUUGACCAUGACGUUACAAAGAAUCUAAACUCUGAGCACUCUCACCAUGACUCAAAGCUGCAAGAAACCCCAGAAAUGCAGAAACACCAGCAAAAAAUGGUUAAAAGCUGCAAAGGGAACGCCGACGCACAGUCAAGUAAGAGUAAUGUUCACGAGUUUCACGUACUACCUGCUCAACAUGCAUUCAAACAGGACACUCCUCCAAGUUACCCCCAAUAUCGAAACCCAUCCGAAAAAACUCAGUUUGAAAACACUCAGUUUGAGUUUGAACACAGACAUGAUCCACCUCCACCCAGAGGAACAUUUUACCACUGGAAUCAGUCUCACCAUCCAACACCAUCCAGCCAUGUCAACCAGGCUUCCCAAUCUUCUCCAGCUGCUGCUACCAAUGCCACAGAGUCCAGUCCAGCGGCUAUGACAGAUCUGGCCAAGUACUUGGUACGCCGUGAAAUUGUAAGCUCAGGGCUUUUAAACUACGAUGACCAACCAGAGAAUUACUGGGCCUGGAAAACAUCCUUCUGUAGCUCUGUAGAAAGUCUAAAUUUAACACCCAGAGAAGAGCUGGAUUUAUUGUGUAAAUGGCUUGGACCAAAAUCAUCUGAACAUGCAAAGAGAAUCAGAGCAGUUCAUAUUCACAAUGCAACAGCAGGUGUGAAUAUGGUGUGGCAAAGGUUGGAGGACUGCUACGGAUCACCUGAAGCUAUAGAAAAUGCCCUUCUCAGAAAAGUUGAGGAUUUUCCAAAAAUUACCAACAGAGAAAAUCAAAGGUUGAGAGACCUGGGAGACAUUCUUCUUGAACUAGAAGCCGCCAGAACAGAUGGAUUUUUACCUGGGCUCAGCUAUCUCAAUACAUCUCGUGGCAUCACUCCUAUCAUCCAGAAGCUGCCGUACUCUCUGCACGACAAGUGGGUUUCUCUAGCCUCUCGAUACAAAGAAGCUCACAGAGCAUCUUAUCCACCGUUCUCUAUAUUUGCAAAAUUCGUCUGCGACCAAGCCAAGAUUUUGAACGAUCCAAGUUUUGCUCUACUCACUGGCAGUUCAAGCAUUAACAAACCUGAAAAACUCUUCAAACAAAACAUGAAGACACCAGUUUCUGUCAGAAAGACCGAAGUCUUUGUCGACUCUGGCAACUGUAAUGACAACACUGCUGAAAGGGGAACAAUGGACCUAGACAAACAAUGUCCCUUACAUCUCAAGCCACAUCCCCUUUGGAAGUGCCGGGGCUUUCGUAGUAAACCUUUGGAGGAGAGGAAAACUUAUCUCAAGGACAAAAACAUAUGCUACAGGUGCUGUGCAUCAUCCAAUCACUUAGCAAAGAACUGCAAUAAGAAUGUUCAGUGUAGAGAGUGUAAGAGUGAGACUCACCCUAAAGCGCUACAUCCAGGGCCGGCACCAUGGAUUACAGAGGCCCCCACAACUCCACAAAAUCAAGGCGGGGAGCCAAAAGGAGAAGCUAAUGUAGCCGUCACAUCAAAAUGCACCGAUAUAUGUGGGGCUACGUUUAAGUCAAGGUCGUGUGCAAAAAUCUGUCUCGUCAGAGUUUAUCCUGCAGGCCAGAGGGAAAAAGCCAUCCAAACCUACGCUGUUCUUGAUGAGCAGAGCAAUAAGUCCUUAGCGAGAAGUGAGCUGUUCGAGCUCUUCUGCAUUAAAGAGGCUUCGUCUUCAUACACAUUGAAAACAUGCUCAGGAGUAAUCGAAACUAAAGGAAGAAGAGCCAAUAAUUUUGUUAUGGAGUCCUUAGAUGGAAAAACUCUCAUCCCACUCCCAGGUUUGAUUGAAUGUGACAUGUUACCGGAUGACAAAUCAGAAAUCCCUACGCCUGAGAUUGCUCAACACUACGCACAUCUCAAACAUGUUGGAGAAAAGAUCCCUCCUCUUGAUACCACAGCAACCAUCCUUAUUCUGCUUGGUCGAGAUGUACCAAGAGCACAUAAAAUUCGAGAGCACUGCAAUGGACCCCACAAUGCACCCUAUGCCCAACGUCUCGACCUAGGCUGGGUUAUUGUAGGAGAAGUGUGUCUGGGGAGAACUCACAAAACUGACUCCAUCAGUGUUUACAGGACGAAUGUACUGAGGAACGGCCGUCCAUCUCUUUUUGACCCAUGUCCAAGCAGCUUCUACAUCAAAGAGAAGAUGGAAGUUCCAAUGCUACAGCAUCCAGUUGUCUUUCAAGCGGAUGAGGACGAACUGCUCAAAGAGAGAGACUGUCUUGAUCAAGGAGUCUUUCAGCAAACAGCCGAUGAUGACAAGCCUGCUAUGUCAAUUGAAGAUAAAAUCUUCUUGGAGAUAAUGGACCAGGAGGUCUUCAUGGACAACUCAAACAGUUGGGUGGCUCCACUGCCCUUCAAGGUGCCAAGGAGCAAACUCCCCAACAACAGAGUACAAGCGGAAAAACGUUUUCAGACAUUUUGUCGCAUGCUGGGAAGAAGACAAGACAUGAAAGAACACAUUCUUGCAUUCAUGAAGAAAAUUUUUGAAUCUGGUUAUGCAGAACCAACUCCUCUGCUCGCCAAGGACCAAGAAUGUUGGUACUUACCAAUUUUUGGAGUCUACCAUCCACGCAAACCGGGACAAAUACGAGCAGUAUUUGACUCCAGCGCCAAGCAUGAUGGCAUAUCCCUUAAUGACGUUCUUUUAACAGGACCUGAUUUGAACAACUCACUCCUAGGAGUUCUCACUCGUUUUCGGAAAGAACCUGUCGCUGUUGCAGCAGACAUAGAACAAAUGUUCUAUUGUUUCAAGGUUUGUGACGAGCACAGAGAUUUUCUGCGGUUCUUAUGGUUUAAAGACAAUGACCCUACCAAGGAGGUUAUGGAAUACCGCAUGACUGUUCAUGUAUUCGGCAAUAGCCCCUCUCCCGCCGUUGCUAUAUAUGGUUUGAGGAGAACAGCACUACAAGGACUGGGAGAAUACAGCCUGGAAGCAAGCCAAUUUGUCUUGAAGAACUUUUAUGUUGAUGAUGGACUGACUUCAUUUCCUACCACUGACAACGCGAUCCGUGUUCUGAAAGAGACCAAAGAAAUGUUAGCCGUCUCCAACAUUCGAUUACACAAGAUAGCCUCUAAUCAGGAAGCAGUGAUGAAAGCAUUUCCAUCCAAAGAUCGAGCUAAAGAGUUGAAAGAUUUAGCACUUGGUGUUGAUCCCCUACCUGCACAAAGAACCUUAGGACUCAUCUGGAAUCUCCAAAGUGACACCUUUGCUUUCCUUGUCUCCAGAGAAGAUAAACCAUUUACUCGCAGGGGUGUUCUCUCAGCCGUCAACAGCCUAUUUGACCCAUUGGGUUUUGUGGCUCCGAUAACUGUACAAGGAAAAGCCCUAGUCAGAGAACUUUCGACAGAAUCUUGUGACUGGGACGCUCCAUUGCCUACUGAGAAAGAGACAAAGUGGACAUCGUGGAAAGAUUCACUCAUCGAACUCGAGCAGCUUCAGAUUCCACGAACAUAUCUACCUAUUUCUUUAAUUUCGACACAAAACAGAGAACUAUGCGUCUUUUCAGAUGCCUCUACAACAGCUAUUUCUGCAGUAGCUUAUCUCAGAGCAGUGGAUGAUCAGGGACACAUUCAUGUUGGAUUCUGCAUGGGAAAGUCCAAGUUAGCUCCAAAACUGUGCCACACGGUGCCACGUCUAGAGCUCUGUGCUGCUGUGCUUGCAGUAGAGCUAGCCAACAUGUUGUUGGAUGAGUUGGACAUAACAAUACAUGCGGUGAAGUUCUACACGGACAGUAGAGUUGUACUGGGUUACAUUUACAACUCCAACCGAAGAUUCUACGUGUACGUUGCCAAUAGGGUGGCACUCAUCCGAAAGUCAACACGUCCUGAUCAGUGGCACUUCAUCAGUACGGGGCACAAUCCAGCGGAUCAUGGCACGCGAGCUAUACCAGCUACUGUCCUAAAGGAAAGCAAUUGGUUUUCUGGACCACUCUUUCUGAAAAAGGAAAACGAAGCCAUUCCUCCACAGCAAGAAGAUUUUGAGCUUGUGGAGCCAGACUUGGAUGCAGAGGUGUGCCCCCUGAUAACAACCAUGGCCACAAUAGUUUCCGAAACUCACCUUGGUUCACACAGAUUUGGUCGCUUUUCCAGCUGGAAGCAGCUGAUUAAUGGAUUAGCCAAACUGAUUGUGAAAGUCAGAUCUUUUUCUAAAGCUUUAGAAGAAACAAAGACAGACAGCCUUUCAAAGGCUAGGACUGUAAUCAUCCGCUGCAUGCAGCAUGAAGUCUUCAAGGAGGAACUCAGAAACCUUUCUAAAGGAGAGAUUGUUUCAAGACACAGCUGUCUCAGAAAACUUGACCCGAUCAUGGAUGCGGAUGGUUUGUUGAGAGUGGGUGGUCGCUUGACCUCAGCAGCAAUUCCUUGGGAAGAGAAACAGACAAUAAUAAUUCCAAAAAACCAUCACAUUGCAACAUUGCUGGUCCGUUAUUACCAUGAACGUGUCGCACACCAGGGCAGACACAUCACGGAAGGAGCCAUUAGGUCUGCUGGUUUAUGGAUCGUUGGAGGAAAGAGACUUAUAGCAAGCAUCCUACACAAGUGUGUCAUCUGUUUGAAGCUAAGAGGAGACACAGGAACCCAAAAAAUGUCAGACUUACCUACUGAUCGUGUUGCACAAGUUCCUCCGUUUACACACGUUGGAAUGGAUGUGUUCGGUCCAUGGAACAUUUGUGUUCGUAGGACGAGAGGAAGUCUUUCAGAAAGGAAAACGCUGGGCCGUCAUGUUUUCUUGUCUGGUUACAAGACCGGUUCACAUAGAAGUAGUGGAGUCUCUAUCUACAGCAAGCUUCAUAAAUGCUCUUCGGAGAUUCACAGCUAUCAGAGGACCAGCAAAACUCUUUCGUUCUGACCGUGGAACAAACUUUGUUGGUGCCUGUAAAGAACUUGGAAUAACACCACAAGACACAGAGCUUCAGUCUUACCUCAACGAACAGGGCUGUACAUGGGAGUUCAAUGUACCACACUCUUCCCACAUGGGAGGAGCCUGGGAAAGAAUGAUAGGCAUUGCUCGUCGCAUUUUAGAUGCUAUGCUGCUCAAACUGCAUUCCCCCAAACUUUCACAUGAGGUUUUAGUCACACUUCUGGCAGAGGUCGUCGCUAUAAUGAAUGCAAGACCCAUCAUCCCUGUGUCAUCAGAUCCCGACAACGCCACUGUUCUUACUCCUGCCAUGCUUUUGACUCAGAAAAACGAUUCUGUGUCGGCUCCUCUAGGACAACUCGACUUAAAAGAUCUUUACCGGAGUCAGUGGAAGCAAGUCCAGAGCCUUGCAGAUUCAUUCUGGAAACAAUGGCGUCAACAGUAUCUUGCAACACUACAACCAAGGCGGAAAUGGCAAGCAAGUCAACCUAACUUCGACAUUGGAGACGUGGUUCUCUUAAAAGACACUGAAGUCAAGCGGAAUGAAUGGCCUAUGGGACUGAUUGUCAACACAUUUCCAGGCCAGGAUGGAAGAGUCCGUAAAGUGGAUGUCAGGGUGAUGAAAGGAGGUUCUUCUAGAGUUUAUUCAAGACCUGUCUCGGACAUUGUUUUGCUACAUAGAGAGUCAUAGUGGUAUAAUACUUUAUACCAGACGGGGAGUGUGCUGCCCCCUUUAGAAAAGCUGGCAGAGUAGUUGCUGCGCAGCAUUAUUGUCUCUUUCGGCUUGCCGUAGAAUCUCGCAGCACCAACGUACAAGCAGAGCAGUUGUGUUGUUCGUCAUCUAUUACGUAUUUCUCGUCACAACCCUGAAGUACAUAUGUCUGUAAGUUAAGUGAUAAGUUAUAUUCAGAUGACAGAGUUCAGUUUUUGUCAUUUCAAAGAAUGUCUGCAUGUAAAAGGUUUUAAAAACGUUAGCAAUGCUAAUCGCGUUAGCCGGUCUAUGGCGUUUUCAAUGUAAUGUUAGCAUCCAUGCUAAUCGUCUUUUACAUGUAUGUGAAAACUGGUAAUUUUAGCACAUAUUAUGGUUUUGUGUUUGCAUAGUAACAAAUAGUUGAAUAUUUGUUAUGAAAGAAAUAAGAAUGUAACACAUUGAAGUUUAUUAAUGUGUAUUUCUGUAUUUCAGUUUCACAGUGUUUCUCAUAAAUGUCCAAAACGUACAAGCUGACUCCUGGAUGUUUAUUGAGGAACCUGUUAGCUGUCUGCCAAGCUAGAAAUCACGCUAAAGUUCCAGUGAGGGCAGAAUAGUAUUCCUUCUUCUGCUGAUUAACAGCCGUUCCUCUGAGUUUAAACAGAGUUUACAGUUCUCUUUGCUGUAAUGUCUAUAGACAUUAGAUUAAGGUCCUUUUCCUUCUGCGGCUGUUAUCAGCGGCGCUGAAAGUUGAGGUCAAGUUGUCUGCAGGUCAGAACUCUGCUGAAAAUCUGGGUCACUUCAAAAUUUUGGAUAAAGUA